AUGACGUGUAGGAUCAUUAAUUCUACCUGGAAAUAUAUUGAUGUAGUUCGCCUCGAUUCUGCCGAAGAUGUGCUUGUUGCUCGGGUAAAUGGAUCUACCAUAAGUCAGCCAUUAUAUCCCAGAGUAACCACUAGUAUGAGUUCGGGAAAUGUGGUCGUUGAUUUUACCGCUGUGGAGUGCACUGAUGCAGGAAAUUAUGUCUGUGUAUUGAAUGAUGACGCAUCAGUCAAGAUUCAAUCACCAGAUUCAGUCUUACAAGUCCGACGCUCUCCAUCAGUUCCUAUGUUUGACUUGAAUGCUCACCAAGUCAUUGGCUCAAGCUUGAACCGUCACCAUAGACACAAGUGUUCGGGAGAUGUGGGCUAUCCUGCUGGAGAGUUCAAAGUUCAGUAUGCAGCCUCAGGAUCUUCAGUGUUCAGUGAGCUUUCCGUCUCAAAUAUUCAGACCACACCGAGUGAGUGGCUCUGUAACAGUACUGAACGAACGAUGGAAUUUGAGAUAGCCUUCCAGGCAGACAUGGACGAAGGAGUGAUCAGAUGUGACAUACAUAAUCCUCUUACUAGUUCAACAACUCACUCAAAUAACGAAACAAUCGAAUUAAUUCCAGGUGACAUUUGUUCAAAGACAGAUUUGAAGGUGAUACAUCAUCCAAAAAACUGCAAAAAACAUGUCACAUGCUAUGGAGAACCUGAAGGUUACGAAGAAUGUGAAGAGAUGUGUGUGAAGAUUAACAAUGGAAAUUCUCAUUCAUGUGUUGACUGCAAUGAAGAUGUCUGUCCCAAGGAAGAUACAACAACAGUUCCAGUUACCACUACUUCUGGACCAUCGUUGCUGAUGUGCAAUGACAUAUCUGGCUAUACCGAUGACUCUGCCUCGGUUCAAUGUCAAAUUACAAGCAAUGAUUUUGACACCAUAUUCCUAUCUCAUAUGUCAUCGUCUGGGUCAGACCUAGUGUCGUUGGGAAGUCUGACGAAAGCACCAGCUGUUGUCACGACAACGGAUCCUUUGUGGGAUGGCCUUGACCUUGUGUACAAUAUGGACGGGUCACUGAAAUAUAUCAACGUGUCAAUACCAAAAGUAGCAUGUGAAAUGGAUGGCAUGUUUUAUCUAAAUUUAACCAAUGGUAACCUGUCAUCAGUGGCAACCUCUCAGUUUAAUGUAUUAGAACCUCCUGUGAUGCCGUCUUCACUUUCUUUAACUUUUGCAUCAGUUGGUGAGAAUAAUGCACAGACAUUUACAUGUGAAGGUGAAAUCGGUACAAAUCAGGGGACAUUGACGUUGGAGAUCUUUGAUAAGUCAUCUGAACAAUUUAACCCAAUCACAAGUGUCAACAGUCCUACCGAUCAGAAGAACGGGUGUAUGGUGACCCGGACCAUAAAGACAAACUCGUUCCUAUCUUUCAGUCAGAAUGGUACUGUGGCAAGGUGCUCUGCUUCACUACAUGACAUUGAAAAGGCAAAGGAUGUGAUCAUAACUUCUGAUAAUGUCACAUUGCUUGUAAUUCCAUUGAGUGUGUGUGAACCUAACGACACGAAGGUGGCAAAUCCGUACGACUGUUACCGAUACGUGACUUGUGGGGAUGGCGGAAUAACGGACCAGCCAUGUGGAGUUCUCUGUUUCAACCCGGUCUAUAGUAACUGUUCUACACAAUGUGAUCACUGUAAUCCAGUCCCAGACAAUCCGUUAGACUGUUCUAACUAUCCAACUGGUUCAUGGUACAUACCACCAGUCAACAUCUACCCCUCCAAGUGUGAUCAAUAUGUCUGGUGUGCAAGUGGAACAAAAGUGGCUGAUAAAACAUGUUCGCCAGGGCAAUAUUUCACCAACUUCACUGAGUCAGCACAAACAUGUACAGCAGACUAUGAAAGCUCAUUCUGUGCAGCAUACGGUGAGACAACUAAAGAUGUCAAACAAUAUUAA